AUGGGUGGAGGUAUCAAAGGCAUCCCUCUUCAGGAGGACUCUUCUCGACCAGACUACAUCAACCAAGCUGUGUUCAGGAGAAACACCCUUCCUACCCGCUCAUACCAUAUUCCUGAGACUUCAAUCUCACUCAACGGAACAUGGGACUUUUCUCUAGCUCCCACAGCCAUUGAGGCACCUGAGCCCAGCUCAAAAGACAUCACAUACGGACAAAUCCAGGUUCCUGGCCACUGGCAGCUCCAAGGGCACGGAAAGCCAUGGUACACCAACGUUCAGUAUCCCAUUCCCGUCUGCCCGCCAUAUGUGCCUACUGAGAACCCUACGGGCACGUACCGUCGGGAAUUCCACAUUCCGGCUGGCUGGGACGCAAGCUCUCAGCUGAGAUUGCGCUUCGAUGGUGUCGACAGCGCGUAUCACGUCUUUGUGAACGGCAGUCUUGUUGGAUAUGCCCAGGGCUCAAGAAACCCUUCAGAAUUCGACGUGUCAGCUUUCGUCAACCGAGAAGAGGCGAAUGAGCUGUUUGUGCGCGUUUACCAAUGGUCUGACGCCACUUAUAUCGAGGACCAGGACCAAUGGUGGCUUUCUGGAAUCUUCCGAGAUGUCUACCUCAUCUCAUUCCCCGCUGCCAGGAUUGAUGACUUCUUCGUCAAGCCUGAUCUUGACGCCAGCUACAAGAACGGUACACUGACUGUCUCCGCCGACAUCUCCUCCGAGAAGGGUGCAGUUCUUGAGCUCACGCUCUCCGAGCUUACCAAGAACGGCGGCGCUGUCAUUAGCUCUACUAAGACAUCCAUCGACGGCAACUCCAAGAAGGUCGAUUUGAAGCUCGAUGUCGAGAACCCCCAGAAGUGGACUGCGGAAACACCCUACCUUUAUUCCGCCGAGCUCACUCUCAAGUCCGAAGGCUCAGACACUGUUCUUCACAAGGUUCAGCAACGCGUCGGAUUCCGCAAGGUCGAGCUCAAGGAGGGUCUCAUGACUGUGAACGGAAAGCGCAUUCGCCUCCGUGGUGUCAACCGCCACGAGCACCACCCUCUUCUGGGCCGCUCCGUUCCUCUAGAGUUUGCUAAGCGCGAUCUCCUCAUCAUGAAGAAGCACAACAUCAACGCUCUUCGCUGCGCGCAUCAACCUCACGACCCUCGUGUCCUCGAUCUCUGCGACGAGUACGGUCUGUGGGUCAUGGCUGAGGCUGAUCUCGAAUGCCACGGUUUCUAUGAUGCUGUUGCUCGACCUCAGGACAUUCCUGAGGAGAUGGACUACGGCGAGCGAAAGAAGCUUGCGUUCGGACCGGCUGCCCAGUUCACUUCUAACAACCCUGAGUGGAAGGAGGCUUACCUUGACCGUAUCAACGCUGUUCUCAACCGUGACAAGAACCAUGCUAGUGUUAUUAUCUGGAGUUUCGGCAACGAAGCUUUCUACGGUGACAACCACAAGGCGAUGUUCGAGUAUGCCACUAAGGCUGAUCCCUCGCGACUGAUCCACUACGAGGGUGAUAUGGAUGCCGAGACAACACACAUGUACAGUUACAUGUACCCCACCGUCGACCGCCUCAUCAAGUACGCAAAGGAAGAGGGUGUCAAGGACGGCAAGUUCGAGAAGCCUAUCGUGCUCUGCGAGUAUGGCCACGCUAUGGGUAACGGUCCUGGCUGGUUGGAAGACUACGAGCAAGCCUUCCGCGACUACCCUCGUCUCCAGGGUGGUUUCAUCUGGGAGUGGGCUAACCACGGUCUGUGGAAAGAUGACCACGAGGGUCCUGGCUACUACGCCUAUGGUGGUGACUUUGGCGACACACCUAACGAUGGAACCUUUGUCAUGGAUGGUCUGUUGAACAGUCAGCAUGAGCCUACUCCUGGUCUUGUUGAGUUCAAGAAGGUCAUUCAGCCUGUUGGUUUCGAGUUUGCCGAUGGCGAGUUGAAAAUUGAGAACCGACAAGACUUUGCUGGUUUGGACUAUUUGGUUGCUUCUUACAAGAUUGAGCAGCUUGGUCAAGAAUCUACUCUCAUUCACUCUGGAUCCUUCGAUGUUCCCGACAUCCCGGCUGGCGAGACACGAUCCGUUUCCCUCCCCGUUGACGCCAAGAAGUACAACAAGGAUAGCGAGGUCUACCUGACCGUCACACUCUCUCUUAAGCACUCCACGGCCUGGGCCCCCGCUGGCCACGAGAUCGCUUGGUCUCAACACCAACUCCAGGUCCCUCAGAAGCCUGUCUCCGUCGCUUCCGUCGCGAACACCCUCUCCGCCAAGCUAUCCAUUUCUGAAAACACCUCCACCGUGGCGGUCACAGGAAAGGACUUUGAGUUCACCUUCAACCGCGCUUAUGGUACAUUGAAGAGCUGGGUCUCGAACGGCAAGACAGUACUUGACUUCGAUCCCAAGACGAAAGCUGCCAUCAUCCCAUCUUUCUGGAGACCCAAGACUGACAACGAUGUUCCCGGUGCUGUUCCAUACUGGCAGCGCUUCGGCGUUGAUCAACUCGAGUCACAGCUUCGAUCCUUUUCCGUGGACUCAUCCAACUCAGAUAAGGUGGUGCUAAAAUCAAAGACGUUCAUCACUCCUCCUGUGCUUGCCUGGGGAUGGGAUUGCGAGAUUGAGUACACCGUGUAUCUCACCGGCGCACUAACUGUCAACGUCACUCGCCUAUCUCCCCAAGGCUCUAUUCCCGACCACGUUCCCAGAAUUGGUCUCAACCUCUACGGAAGCAAGACUCUCGAGCACGUCAAGUGGCUCGGUCGCGGACCCGGAGAGAGCUACCCUGACAAGAAGACCUCUCAACGCGUCGGCAUCUGGAAUGUCGAGUCCAUCUCUGACCUCCAAGUCGCAUAUGACGUUCCCCAAGAAAACGGAAACAGAGAAGAUACCCGCUGGGUCGCACUCCGCGAUUCCAAGUCUCCCAGUGUUGGUCUCCGCGCGACGCGUCUGGACGGAGCACACUUUAGCUUUUUGGCUUCGAACCACAGAGAUACCACUAUCCAAGACGCUAAGCAUCCUCCUGAUCUAUUUGAGGAGGAUGCUGUCUUUAUUAGACUGGAUCACAAGGUUGCUGGUGUGGGAUCGGGUGCUUGUGGACCGGCUGUGCGUGAGGACUUGAUGGUUAAGACUGAGGAUGUUACUUUCGGGUUCUUGCUUGAGCCUCUGUGA